GGAGAAGGGGAAGGGAGGGCAGGCAGAGAGAGAGAGAGAGAGAACGUAAUGAGUGUUGGAAGAGGACAUACAUGCACAGUGUACAGAGAGCGAGAGAUACACAGAUAGAGGGAGAAAGAAACACAGAAAGAGAGAGAGAGAGCCGGGGAAACCAGUUCAGAUCAUAGGACUGAGACAGGAGAGAGAGCAUUUAAGCUUCCUUCAACUGUCUCUCCCUCGCCUCCCAGCACAAACACAUGCUCAUACACACUCCCACCCUCUCUCCCUGACUCUAAAAACACACACACACACACACACACACUUGCACGCGAACACACACGCUUACAGAUACACACACACACACACACAAGCAGGAUUGCUUUAGGGUAUACCAGUCGGCUUUGGCAGUCCACUCCUUUGUUGUUUAGCUUUUGGUUAGUCUCAGCGGCGGUGCGGCGUGUGCCUCUAUCGCCCGGGUGGGUGCGUGUGUAUGUGUGUGUGUGCGGAAGUCUGCGAGGCGGCGUGUGAAGGAUGCCACUAGCAGUACCUGGGUAAGUCAGUUCCUUUCCUUCUUUCUCUCCCUCCUCUCCCUGCCUCCUUUUUUCUCUUUCUUUGUGCGUUCCUUUCCUUCCAUUCUUCCUCUGAUGUGCACUCUCUCCAUCUUGCGCGGGAUGCUCGCCUCCCUCCACAUACUGUGCACACCCUCUACGCACCCCCUCUAUUUCUCUAUUGCUCUCUCUGUGCGCUCUCUCUCUGCCUCAGUGUCUUUCUCGGGCUGCGUUAAAGCGUCUCCUCCCGACUGUGCUCUCGCCAUCCCUGCUUCCCUCGCCCGUUUCCUCCACGCUCUCUUGCUCUUUUCCUCUCUCUCCCCCUCUCCUGUUCGCUCUUUCUUCAGGCUGCGCCUCAUUGGUGUGUCCUGAUUCCCCUUUUCCAUUAGGCUCCAGGCCCAUUGGUCGCCUGCCUUCCAACCAUUAUCUCUACUCCUCCACCCCUCUGUCAUCCUUUCUCCCUAUCGCUCUUCCUCCUUCCCUCAUUCCCAGUCAUCUCUCAAGUCGUAAAAAUGAUUUGCAUGCAGGAGGAGAGCAGAAGUUUGCAGUGAAUACACUUAGUGAAUUGGGAGAGAAGUAAAGGAAAGACUGGAAAAAGGAGAGGAAGCGCAUUCUGGAGAGCGUGAGGGAAAGUUUAAAGCGAAGACUGCUUGAAAAUGAGUUUGGGGGAGACGCGGUGAGCCGUCCCUCUCCAGCUGAACGUCGGCAGGUCCCCCGGGAAGCAGAGGUCCGGACCAAAGAGCUGUCUCCAGGCCAAACCCUCUCAGAUGGAGGUGGAUGCAGACGACAAGCGCCAUAGAACACGCUCCAAAGUGCCUGUGGAUCCAGUCUUAACACAGCUUUUCAGUGUGUACGGCUGCCCCCGGGCAAAAAAGAGAAAGAGCCUAGAGAGACAAACCCUGGAAACCUCCCCAAGAGGAGCACCUACCUAGAUGACAUGGACAACUCCACCAUGGAGGAGUGCUACGAGACCGACGGCACAGAGGAGAUGGACGACCGGGAGGAAGAGGAGGAGGAAGGAGCAGUAGAGGAGGAGGAGGAGGAGGACGGAGAAGUGGAGGAGGAAGUGGAGGAGGUGGAGGGCUACGUGGACUACAACGUAGAGCAAAUGGAGCACGAAGAAGGGGUAAUGGAGAGAGGGGAUGGAGAGGCAGAAGAAGAUGAGGAGGAGGAGGAGGAGGAGGAGGAAGAGGAGGUCGAUGUGGAGCAAGAAGAGGAGGAAGAGCGUGAUGAUGAGAGGUUGGAAGAGGCGGAGGAAGAGGAGGAAGCAGAGGAGGUGGACUAUGAAGAGGAAGAGGACGAGGAAGCAGAGCAGAGUCAAGGGCAAGAGGACGAUCAGCGGGGCAGGAACGAGAGGGGCCAGGGCCCCGGUGGAGGCGGCGCUGGCGGCGGUGCCAAGUCUGGCCUGGCGACGGAGAAGGACGGCAACAACAACAACAACAUCGAGGAGUACGAGAACUACGACGAGCUGGUGGCCAAGUCCCUCCUCAACCUGGGCAAGAUCGCCGAAGACGCCGCCAACCGGGCCAUGACGGAGUCGGAGAUGAACAGCAACUCGUCCAACAGCGCCGAGGACGAGUACGAUGACGAGGAGGACGAGGAGGACGAAGAAGACGAGGAGGAGGAGGACGACGGGGAGGAAGAGGACGACGAGGAAGAGGGGACGGAAACCCAAAGGGGGGAGUUGACUUUGGACGUGGACAGCGAUGUGGUUCGGGAGACGGUGGACUCUCUGAAGCUUCUGGCCCAAGGUCACGGCGCCGUGAUGUCCGACGAUUUGGACGGACAGGAGUUUGGGGACGGCGCGGCCGACAACAACUGCGGCCGCAGCGGGGGAGGCGCACACGGCGGCACUGGGGUCAAGAUCAAUGGGCAAAUGGACAACAGCGACGAGGAGGUGUGUCUGAGCAGCCUGGAGUGCCUACGGAACCAAUGCUUCGACUUGGCCCGCAAGCUGAGCGAGACAAAGUCCACCGACCGAAAUGGGCCGUCCCAGCAAAGCCAUUUCUCGUGCGGCGAUCCCAACCAGCAGGCCCAGCACCACGCCUACGGGGAUUUCCGCCACGGCCAGGACGACAGGCGAAACUAUUCCGACCUGGACAACCUGAUGAAGCUGGAGGAGCAGCUGAGCCCGCGCUCCAAGGCCUUCUCCAGCUGCGCACAGGACAACCGCUACCACGCCAACCUGCGGGACUUCGACGAGGACACGGCCUCCGUGACGUCGGACCGAUCGGAGGAAGUGUUUGACAUGACCAAGGGCAACCUGUCCCUGUUGGAGAAAGCCAUCGCGCUAGAGUCCGAACGCGCCAAGGCCAUGCGAGAUAAAAUGGCGGCCGAGGCCGCCCGGAGAGACGGGGUGAGGUACAGCCACGACGACCACGGCCCGCGCCACGGCUACGGCGUGGAGCGCAAAGCCCGGCUCCCAGAGGGCAUGAAGAAGCCGUUCUACCAUAAAGACUCCUCACGCGCGGACAAGAAGGAGAGCCGCUGCCCGACACCGGGCUGCGACGGCACGGGUCACGUAACGGGCCUGUACCCCCACCACCGCAGCCUGUCCGGCUGUCCGCACAAAGACAGGGUGCCACCAGAAAUCGUGGCUAUGUAUGAGAAUGUUCUUAAGUGUCCUACGCCUGGCUGCACGGGACGCGGCCAUGUCAAUAGCAACAGAAACUCCCACCGAAGCCUGUCCGGAUGUCCCAUCGCUGCAGCCGAGAAGCUGGCCAAAGCCCAGGAGAAGCACCAGGGCUGCGACGUGCCCAAGUCCAACCAGGCCUCCGACCGAGUCCUAAGCAGCACGCCCCGCUCCAACCUGGCCAAGGAGCUGGAGAAGUACUCCAAGACCAGCUUUGACUACAGCGCCUUCGACAGCAGCAGCAACCACCCAGUGUACGGGAAACGGGCCAUCGCCCCCAAGGUCCACGGGCAGAGGGACACCUCCCCCAAAGGAUACGACGCCAAGCGCUACUGCAAGACCUCCAGCUCGGCCAGCAGCACCACCAGCACCUACGCCCCCAGCAGCAGCAGCAGCCUGAGCUGCGGGGGAGGGGGAGGAGGAGGAGGAGGAGGAGGGGGGGGUGCCGGAGGAGGCCGGGGGGGCGGGGGCAGCAGCGCCAGCAGCACCUGCAGCAAGAGCAGCUUCGACUACAGCCACGACAUGGAGGCCGCCCACAUGGCGGCCACGGCCAUCCUCAACCUGUCCACGCGCUGCCGGGAGAUGCCCCACGGCCUGGGGGGGAAGCCCCGGGACCUGUGCUCGCAGAGCCCGGGUCUGGACGUUGACGAGAACGGGACGUUGGACCUGAGUAUGAGCAAGCGCCUGUGCAGCGGCGGCGACUCGGUGCUCACCCCCCUGGAGCCCAUGUCCCCCCAGAGGCAGGCCGCCCUGCUGGGCUCCCGCUGCUACGGCAUGGGGGACGCCGCCGACUGCUGGGACCUGCCCGUAGACUACACCAAGAUCAAACACAUAGACGAGGAUGACAAAGAGGCGGACGACCUGGACCCGUUCCACGACCUGCUGGAGGACCGCUCCUACACCGCAGACGUCAGCAUCCCCAGCCCCAAGCCCAAGUACGUCCACUGCAAGGAGAGCAAGAAGGACCUGAUCACUCUCUCAGGUUGUCCUUUAGCCGAUAAAAGCAUCCGAAGUAUGCUGGCCAACAACGCUCAAGAGCUCAAGUGCCCGACACCAGGGUGCGAUGGUUCGGGACAUAUCACUGGCAACUACGCCUCGCACAGAAGUCUCUCAGGGUGUCCGCGCGCCAGGAAAAGCGGGAUAAAGAUCAUCCACAGUAAGGAGAACAAGGAGGACCAGGAACCUAUCAGGUGUCCAGUCCCAGGUUGCGAUGGGCAGGGACACGUGACGGGGAAGUACGCGUCCCACAGAAGCGCAUCGGGGUGCCCCAUAGCAGCCAAGCGGCAGAAGGACGGCUACCUAAACGGCAUCCAGUUCACGUGGAAGUCCGGCAAGACGGAGGGCAUGUCCUGCCCCACGCCGGGCUGUGACGGCUCGGGUCACGUCAGCGGCAGCUUCCUGACACAUCGGAGUCUGUCCGGCUGUCCGCGCGCCACCUCGGCCAUGAGGAAAGCCAGGCUCUCCGGAGUGGAACUGCUAACAAUAAAGCAGCAAUGUGCCAGCAACGGACUGGAGCAUGAAGAGGACAUCAAACAGCUGGAUGAAGAAAUCAAAGAUUUGAGUGAAUCAAACUCACAAGUGGAAGCAGAUAUGAUCAAACUCAGAACACAGAUCACAACAAUGGAGUCCAGCAUGAAGUCCAUAGAAGAGGAAAACAAGGUGAUUGAACAGCAAAAUGAACCUCUCCUGCAUAAGCUGGCCCACCUCAGCCAGUCACUGACUAACAGUUUAGUUAAUGUCCAGCUUCCUCAUAUGAAACCACUGGCACACAAAGAGCCUCCACUGAGGAACAACAGCUGCUUGCAGCUGCACCAGCAAGAGCCAAUAAGCGAGCAGAACUUUGACGCCUACGUCACCACCCUUUCGGACAUGUACUCAAACCAGGACCAGUACCAGAGCCCAGAAAACAAAGUCCUGUUGGACAACAUUAAGCAGGCGGUUCAAGGGAUUCAAGUGUAGCCGGUCAUGAAAGGCCGAGACUUUGGUUCCCCAGCAGGUGGCCCCUGGAUCAACAGGCUCUCAUAUAGUGUUAUAUAUUCUAAAUUCUGCUCCUUCAAAAUACUUAGAAAAGACCUCUAGAUGUUUCUCUUUUUUUCGGGCCUUGCGUCGAGGAAGAACACAAGAAGAGUCAACGGCAAAAUAGUUUUUGAGGACAUUCACAUUUUGUACGUUUUCAUAUGAGCUGACAUCGUGUGAUGUAAUGUUUCUAGCUGCUCAUGUAUGCACAUUUUAGUGUAUAUUUAUGAACAGUAAGCUAAUGAUAAUGGUUCGGGAGUUCUUUUUAUUGCUCGACGGCAAAGCAUUUUAGAUGAAAAAAAAAAAACUGGACAGUGGAAUAAAAAAAAAAAGGAAGCUCCUAAAUUUUUCUCCACUGGAUGAUUCUGGACUAUAUGAUUUUAGAUGGGUUUUUUUAUUUUGUAUUCUUCUUCUUCUUGCGUGUGGUUUGUUGAAGAGCCAGAACGGGUUUGAAGACGGCUUUGUUUUCGGACAAUGCUUCAGAAAUGUUUGUUUUGUUUUGAUGAAGAACACAAAAAAAAACGAGAGGUUUUAGCUGUAGGUGGGGGCAUUUUUAAACUGGUGCUGUAAAGGAAUCCGGAGAGGAAACUGACCUGAUGUAUGUAUGAAUGUACGUAUGAAUAGUUCUAUUGUAAACAUCAUUACACGGAAACCCGAUGGUGGAAAAUCCCGUAAUCUAGGAGAGCCAAUUCCUUCCUAGAGGAACACAUGUCACCUGCUCACCCGAAACUAAUCUCAAAUAGAAUGACGUGUAAAGACAAUGACCACAUUCUAGCCUUUAGGUAUCAAAUCUGCGCAAUUUGGUGACUCGUGUUGCUUUGAUCAUGCAACGUGAGAGAUAUAAUAACUAAAUCAGUCGUAUUGUAGAUACGGAAUGCAAUCUGUGAUGGAAAAGAAAAAAAAAAAGGUUGGGUUUAUGCAAUUUCUUGUUUGUAAGCAUAGCGGGGUAACAUGAAUCUUUUUAAUAUAUGUAAAAUAUUGAUUUUUAUACAAAUCUUUUAAUACAGAAAAAAAAGUCUUUUUAAAAAGGAGGAGGGAACCUGGACAUUGAGAUUUAGAAGGGAAAUGAUAUGAGUUCCACUUGUUUUUCUGUACGGUUUUGCACAGGGACACCUUCGUUUCCAUGUUCUGAUGUUCUCACAGAAACUGAAAGCAGUACCCCAGAGCCCGGAGGAGGGUCUCAGAGGGUUUUGUAAAGAGUAUUUAUAGAGUAUGACAGCGGGACUUACAGGGUCACUGUCCCCACUUAUGUGCCAGUAGACUAUUUGCACUUGUCCUUAAAGAUAUUACCCUUGCGUACGGCGGCGUGCAAUUUUUUUUCCAGACGACCUCUUUGGCACCGGAUUGGAGAAAGCAACUGCUCGGAGCCUCUGCAGGCGUGGAGACUUGGAAUCAGAGAGGAAGGAGGAUUUGAACCACUGCAGUGAUACUUAUCAAGUGUAAUAACAUUGCUCUUUCAUUUUUGCUAUGUUUUAGGAUGAUGAAGUUACCCCCCAGCAGCACUUUAUAUCUAAUCACUGUAUAAAGGAUUAAAUAGUCAAUCAGUUCAAGGUUUAUUAAAAAAAAAUGAAAAAGCUGAAGAGAUGGUGAGACAAGACCUGGGAAUGGGGGGGGUGCGAUCCAGCGCGCGCCCCUCCCUCGGUCAUGUUCAGAAUAGCCUUUUUUGGUGCUUGUCGUUCACCAGAGGGAGUCUCAUCUGUUGUACUUUACUGUCCUAGCAGGACGGUUACUACCCAUCAUCCAUGACUGCAUAGGCCUUUUUCCACCGCGUCGUGUCUGCAGCUUUUUCGCCAAUAUAGUAACGCUUCGGUAGAGUAAUAGCUAGCAGUUUUCUGAAUUAAGUCUCAUUAUCAGUAAAAAGGGGGAAAUGGAUUUUAAAGCACAAACGGGCUGCUCAUGUGAUGUGGGUACGUAAACAACGAAUCGGGAUAGAGUUAUCUGUGACUAUCUAUAGGGAACACAAACAGGUCGUCACAAAUUGACUUUUCAUAUAAAUUAUAGUGAAUUCAUCAAAGUUUUAUUAUUUUAUUUGAGCCGAUUCAUUCUUACAGUUGUUUUUCAGUGGCCAUCAACAAAGAAAGGAUUUUGUAUAAACUAUUGUGCUCUCUGUGGAACUGAAGUUUGAUUUAUUUUUGUACUACACAGCAUGGAUUUGUUGACAUUUUAAUUUUGCUAUAAAUGUGUGAGAUCACAAGUUGCUGUGAUAUUUCAUUUAUAAAUUGUGAACUUUGUACAAUUUUUGUCAUGCUGGAUGUUGACACAUCUUACUCUGAAUAAAGUAAAAGAAAAACGGUG